AUGCAUCUAUCUAUCUAUCUAUCUAUCUAUGAUUGUAUAUCCUUUUAUAUCUAUCUAUCUAUCUAUCUAUCUAUCUAUCUAUCUAUCUAUCUAUCUAUCUAUCUAUCUAUCUCAGCCUGUUCAUUAUCUAUUUAUCUAUGUUUGUAUGUCCUUGUCUAUCUAUCUAUCUAUCUAUCUAUCUAUCUAUCUAUCUUUGUAAUUCCUUAUAUAUCUAUCUAUCUCAGUCUCCUGUUCAUUAUCUAUCUAUAUAUCUAUCUCUCUAUCUAUGUUUGUAUAUCUAUCUAUCUAUCUAUCUAUCUAUCUAUCUAUCUUUGUAAUUGCUUAUCUAUCUAUCUAUCUCAGCCUGUUUAUCUAUCUAUCUAUCUAUCUAUCUAUCUAUCCAUUUAUCUAUCUAUCUUUGUAAUUGCUUAUCUAUCUAUCUGUCUCAGCCUGUUUAUCUAUCUAUCUAUCUAUCUAUCUAUCUAUCUAUAUAUGUUUGUACAUCCUUUUAUAUCUAUCUAUCUAUCUAUCUAUCUAUCUAUCUAUCUAUCUCGAUAUACCAUCAUCAUAUCUAUCUAUCUAUCUAUCUAUCUAUCUAUCUAUCUAUCGUUAUCAGUCGUCUUUUUAUUUUUUUUCUUGUUGUCUCUCUUUCUCUCCAUUCAAAUUUUCUGUCUCCAUUUCUGUGAAUUUCUUUCUUUUCUUUCGUCGUCUUUUUCACUGACUUUCUGUCUCUCUUCCUUCUGUUUUUGUCGUCCUCAUUUUUUUAUUCAAUGUUUUCCUUAUUGUCUUUCUUUCUUUCUCUCUUACAUCUUUCUUUAUAUACAAAUAAAUAAUACCACAUGA